AUGAAGCCCUGCCUUUACAUACUGACAUUCAUGUGUCCGUUCAUUCUCGCAAGCAAAACUAAACAAGAUGGCUUUGCUGAGCGCAGCACCCUGAGCCCCACAGAGACACCCUAUCGUAUUGUCAAGUUGCACACCCCAGCAGAUUCUCAGAUCUACUUCCACACAGUUCCACCUGGCUCUACGAACUCCCCAGUCAUGACAGCGCCAGCAAUUCGAUCAAACGGGAUAUAUCAUGGCAACUCCGAGACCAGCAAGACACACGAGUCUAUUGGGACACGGGAUCUCAGUUUGGAGGCGAAAGAAAGCAUUGGCAUCGCCGCUGGAGUUGUUGGACUCCUUGCUUUUAUCUUUUCUGCAUUUGGAUGUCUGUAA